GACAUACUUCCAUCAACGUCGUCAAAGCCAGUCGAUACGGUCGCAACGAACACCCCAGGAGCAGCUGAAACACCACCAAAAAGGGAUGGUGCGUCCCUAUUUUUCCACCCGGGCAAGGUUAGUAACGGUGCGGAACUGGGCUCGUUCGCGUGUGCGUUCGCGUGUGGCGGGAUCGCUGUAUCUGCGUUAAAACCCUUCGCGAGUGAAUCAUCUACCGAGUCGUAUGCCGACCAACAUACACAGGUGCUAAAUCUUCCAGACGGUCGACAUUUACAGUGAAGAGGUCCAGUGUUAUCAGCCCUCGGAUCAACUCGGUGCUUUCGAUGCCGACUGGACAAAGGUUUUCGAACGGCAGCAGUGCAAAAAGUGAACACUAACAAACAGAAGCUCGAGUUUAACGUGAAGAUUGUGAAACCGAACAUCAUUUCGUCUCUGUAAGUGAAUCUGCUUAAAAAAACAUCAAAGUGAUGUCCGGUGAGGACGACACGAAAAAAAGUACAAGUUUCUUUCCCAGAACCAAUCCCGAGUCGUUCGUAGGACGGUCGUGUUAGGAUGAAAUUGACCGUUAAUCAACCACCACAGAGAACCGAGUGGUCCCUUCCGGUUGUGAAGUUCAGUGGGAGUGAAUCGUUGUAAAAUAAAUUCCAGUCGCGUCCUUACCACGUGAACAAGUGCCGCAUCAUCGUAAUAGUGACAGCGCAAAAGGGUCACCUGCGUCACCCUGUGCACUCAGAAUUAAGUGUCAAACCAAAAGUGUUUAAAGAAGGCAAAGCAAAAGCCAACAAACAAGCAGAAGGUCGACAAAAAAAAAACCGCGUCCCACCGGAAGAUAAUCUCCCCCCACUUUGAAUCCUUGUCCAAGGCACGGGGACAGAAGUAGACAGGUGUGCAGCUGGUGAAAUAAGAAGCUGUGGCAGUUUAGUUUGUGAAAGCUCUCGAACCAGAUCCGGCCCGGUUUGGACGGUUUGUGGACGGUGAAUGAAUAAAUUUUCGCAAACACCGGUACCAAUCCGGAAUCCGGAAGGAGUUUCCGUUGGCGGAAAUUAGCAAAACCAGCCCUGCAAAGCCGGUGACGCGUGGAAUGACUCGAGUCGUAGCUAGGAAAGCCCAACGGAAGUGCAAAUGCAACACCAUGAACGCAAAUCUCCCGCUUAUUGCAGCGUUUAUCAAUUUUAUCGUCAUUUGCUUAGCAGACACACUCAGUCCCGAGAUGCAAAUGUACUGGGAAAACCACAUGGUGCAGCCGUACUUCGAUAACACCACCAAGCGGGAAGUGACGGCUAUUGCUGGACAAACCUGCCAGCUUCAUUGCCGAGUGAAGAGUCUCGGAGACAGAGCGGUUUCGUGGAUUCGAAAGCGCGAUCUACACAUCCUGACGGUGGGGAUUCUUACCUACACCAACGACCAGCGCUUCCAGUCACUACACACAGACGGAAGCGAUGAAUGGACGCUACGGAUAACUUCCCCACAGGCCCGUGAUUCUGGUGUGUACGAGUGUCAGGUGUCAACCGAACCGAAGAUCAGUCAAGCAUUUCGAGUGAAUGUUGUCGUUUCGAAAGCGAACAUCCUUGGCAACUCGGAACUGUUCGUUAAGAGCGGCAGCGACAUCAACCUGACCUGCGAGGCACUACAAUCACCACAGCCACCUUCCUUCAUCUACUGGUAUAAAGGUGGCCGGGUAAUCAACUACUCACAGCGUGGUGGUAUUAGUGUACUGACGGAGCAACAGACCCGUACCAGCCGGCUGGUCAUAUCGCGAGCUUCACCGUCCGACUCCGGGAAUUAUACCUGCGCUCCGAGUAACUCCGAUUCGGCUAGCGUGGUGGUUCACGUCAUCAAAGGAGAGCAUCCGGCCGCGAUGCAACAUGGAAUAAAUGGCGCUAACGUGGCUCAUUCAUCAACAUAUAUAGUUAUGGUGAUCAUAUCGGUCGGGUUCCAGCUUCUUCUACUUGCUCGGCCCCUACCGAGUGCGGUCCCAGCGUGUGCAGCUGUGCGAUAGAUAAGCUACGGGAAACACGAAACCAUCUACAAAGUAUUCAGUAACAUCAAGCGACAGCCUGCCUGCCUUCCUUUCUCAUUAACCCACCUCAUUCGGAUUAGUGGCAGCCACGUCGGGUGCAGAUCUUCAGGCUACGGACGUUUCCCGCCAGCCAUCAAUUGCAGAAUAUGUGUGUGUGCGUGUGUAUGUCGAUGGUUUUCCCUAGCGUGUCACAGAAUCUAUCUUCAUCCGGAUGUGUCGAGCAGGAGCAGGCCUCGGCACACGCGGGAGACAGCUGGAUAAGGAAGCUCCAAACAGACCGAUGAAUGAACCAACGAACGAUGACGACAAAGACAAACCCAUCUACAAGAUUUUGCAGGUGCUCACCUUCGCGCGAGGACAUCCGGAUGUAGUUAGGGUCUCGUUUGGGGUGAAAGGAAAAAAAAAGAAACGACACACAAAAUAGCGUGGCAGGCGCCAUCGAAUCGAGCGAAAAGAUAACUAAAUUCCACCGUGUCAAAGCUGAGAUAAUAUCCUUUCGUGCAGGUAACCCACGUUGAAGUGUGUCCUCGACGACGACGACGGUUUCUAAGGCUCAUCGCAACAGCAUCGACCUACAAUGAUGAAAGCAUCCUUUCGCCUGCAGACCUGAUAAAAAGAUAAACAUGAAAAGAAAACAACACCUGAAGAAGCAACUCGCUGUAGCUUGCUGAGUAUGACAUACUGACACUGCUGGUUCACGUGUCCCUUGCAGCUUUGGCAAGCUGGCAAAAAGGCGAGAACUCGCUCGGUAAGUACGCCGUUCGCUUCCUCGUCAAGGACGGUCUUUUCAUCGCUGUAUGCGAACGGUUGCGAUUGAGCGAAAGGUUUUGAUUCAAGCUCUAGUGGCGGACAGGAAGGACGCUCGCCUUCCCACAUAUAUGUAGCGUACGGCACGUACACGAUCACGUACGAAUCGUUCGUUGUCUAGUGCGCCCAAACCACCAAGGCCGAUGUACCACCGGCACCGUAUGGCACUCAGCAUCAGCAGACGCGAAAAGAGUGAAGAUUUGCUGCGAGCUUACAUGGCCGCAAAGAAACGCGUACGCGAGCUUUGCUGAUAUCACAUCCGAGACAUCGAGUGCUUUCGUACGGGGGGUUUUGGGGGCCUGAUCGUCCCUUCCCUGUAUCGCACGUCCUGCGACACACAUACGCGUGCAAGUUCAGACCAAAGUUUAUCAUACUCGUGUAUGACGAAAGCUUUGGGGAAUUCCAAAUUUCCGACGGCUUCCAAAUCCUUCCUGGGAAGCUGAGCGCCGUGUUGAGAAAGUUUUCCCACCUAAUGGGUAUUCCGCUUAUGCCGGUGUGCGACUUUGUGUGGCUGUGCCGUUGCUGUGCGGGAUAGCUUAACAUAACAUUAACAACACAAAUCCUUCCUUCCUUUAUACGGCGAGGCACUGCACUGCCCUCACUCCCUCUUACUCUUCCCGACCCGUCCCAGCAUUCGAGUGCAGUGGUGGAAUAGAUUGUUCAAAGUUAAAAUAAAGGAUCGAUAAAUUUAAAUCAAUGCCGCUAACUUUUUACAUCACUCUUUCGCGCAUUGUGGCAAAAGUUUUGCAGUUCGCGUACUGGCGCUUGUUCGACAAAGGAAACAGCAGGCCCACCCCCCGCCCCGACAGAAAUGAAUCAAAAGCCGGUGCAAACAUUGUGGCCGCAUGUACGUACGCACAUGGCUCCCAGCAGCCGGACGGGGGGCAUGGAAGAAAUAAAAAUAAAAUUAGAAAAAACACCUUCCAGCCCGGCUGCCACACUGAGACGGGGCCACAUUUGAAAUCGGCUUACCGUUGCUUCGGGACGCCACGCGAUCAAAGUACGCGAAUAAAUCAUGGUCCGCGCGAGGUGAAACGUAUGCGUUAUUUACCUAACGGUAACGCACCGGAAAGGAGCUUUUUUGGAGAAAGUCCAUAACAAAAGUCGUAACAACACGCGCGAAACUGGUUCGGAAACAUCUUGGAUGGGUGUUGGGGGCCAAUAUUUUCUUUCGCAUGGAAUUACACCCCCAAAAAAGGGGUGUACAGAAGACUAUGGGUGCCGGAUGCUGCGACGAUGGUUGGUUCGAAACUUUCAUCAAAAGGGUCUAGUAGACACGGAAUUUAACAAGAAUGCGGCUGCGGUCGCGGUAGAAAGCGCUUUUCUUACGCACGACCCCGUUCCCUGAAAGCCCAUUCAGGGAAAGGCGCAACUGCCGUGUAUAACAAAGGAAGCGCACCGAUACAAUAGCAGUUAGCAAAAUGAUUCUUCGUAUUUGGUGAAGUCCAUAUUUUCCCCCCGAAGCUCCUCUACCCUCUCCAUUCCAUUCCCAACUCCUUCACAACUCCUCAAUCCUUUGAGACCCACUGUAAAUAAUGUUGUAAAUACAAAAUCCUAUACCACACCAUAGCAACACCGACAAGGAUGAGGGCUACUUGCAAACAUAAACCCUGCGUCAGUUGGGAAGAAAUAACAGACAAAAAGAAGUUAAACAGAGAGCUAAGUGUGCCAUGUGAAGGGAAAGCAAAACCGAGAGCGGGAGAGAGAAAUAAAUAAAAGCACCACCGUGCAUUUCUGCAUGCGUGAGCGAGACGGAUCCCGAGCAAAGGAUGUCAAGUAGCGAAAUAAAACCACGAAUUAGCAUCCCGGAUCGUGGUUAUGGAAGAUUGUAACCAUUUUUAUAAUAAUGAAACAAACAAAAAAACUAUGCAAAAAUUAGUAAAUACGAAACGAAAAUGAAAACCGAUUCAGCAGAAUGGGCAAAAGUGGAAAACAGAUGGGCGAUACAACAUAGCAAAUGGGACGGACGUGUAAAGUGGAAAUGUUUUAAGGUACUAUUAGGUUGAAUAAAUGAAUAAAAUGAGAAAAUUGAUAAAUACCGUAAC